UUUAAUCCCCAACUAACUAAACACUGUCGUCAGCUAAAAAAAAACAUAAUUAUUGUCAUAUAGCAAUCAGAUUGACCAAAAUUCUUCAAACCGGGACCUACAAUGAAACAUGUUCUAUAAUCUAUGCAAAUUGAUCAUCAAAAUAAGAACAAAGCAUCUUCAAUUCUAGACCAAAAUAGAAUCUUUAAUUUCCUAUUACUCUUCAAUCAUCAUCUUCUUAUACCCAAUUCUUGAAGAAACAAACAAAGAAAAAAAAAAUCAAGAAUGAAGAUCAAACUCGACUCUAUCUCUUCACUAACACUCAUCAUCUUCCUUUACUCCAUUCAAAUUCCCUCUGCAGAAACCUGCAGCUCAAGUGAAUCUCACUAUCCAUGUCAAACUUACGUUUUUUACAGAGCCAUGGCUACUGAAUUCCUAGACCUAGCUUCCAUUGGAGACCUCUUCUCAACAAGCCGUGUUAUGAUCGCCAAUCCCAGCAACAUCUUAUCUCCAUCAACACCUCUGAUUCCAAACCAACCCCUCUUUGUUCCCAUAGCUUGUUCCUGCAACAGAAUCAAUGGCGGCGCCGGCAAUACAAGUCUUUCAUAUGCCAACAUCACUUACAAAAUCAAGAAAGGUGACACCUUUUUCUUAGGUUCAACAAUCUACUUCCAGAAUCUCACUAACGACCAAUCUGUUCAGCUUGUUAACCCAAAUCUAAUCCCGACCGAUCUUCAAAUAGGCACUCUUGUUGUCUUUCCAAUCUUAUGCAAGUGUCUGAACCCAAACAGUUAUCUUAUCAGUUAUGUGUUUCAGCCUUCUGAUUCGAUUUCUUCUUUAGCUUUGAAAUUUGGGUCAACCUCGAAAUCGAUAGUGGAUAUUAAUGGAGAUGAAUUGCAGCCGUUUGAUACCAUUUUCAUUCCAGUUUCACGUCUUCCGAGGCUACCACAACCCAUAUUUGCUCAUCAAUCUUCUCGUUCAUACAAACAGAGAAGUACUAUCAUUGGACUGGAAAUUGGGCUGGGAAUUACUGGGUUUUUGUUAGCUUCAGUUAUUGGGUUGUGGGGUUACAGAGAGUUUGUGAUUAUGAAGAAAAGAAAGGGUUCAAGCGAUGAAGAGAUUCAUCAUUUGAUCAGGGGAGUAAAAGGAAUAAAUAUGAAGGAGGAGGAAGAAGUAAAUUUAAUGGCGGAUAUUUCACAAUGCUUAGACAAGUGUAAAAUGUUUAGAAUUGAAGAAUUAAGAGAAGCAACCGAUGGUUUUGACAGUAGAUUGUUGAUACAAGGGUCUGUUUACAAAGGAUGUAUUGAUGGAGUUCUCUAUUCCAUUAAAAAAAUGGGAUGGAAUGCCUUUGAAGAGCUGCAAAUUUUGCACAGGGUGAACCAUGGAAACCUGGUGGGGAUAGAAGGAUUCUGCAUGGACCCUGAAGAGACGGGUUGCUACAUAGUCCACGAGUUUGUCGAGAAUGGCUCACUCCAUUCUUGGCUGCACGGUUCGGCUAACAGGAGACAUAACUUAUGUUGGAAAACAAGGCUAAGAAUUGCUAUUGAUGUUGCUAAUGGUCUCCAAUACAUCCACGAACAUACAAGGCCACAAGUGAUCCACAAGGAUAUAAAGAGUAGCAAUAUCCUCUUAGACUCCAAUAUGAGAGCCAAGAUAGCCAACUUCGGCCUGGCCCGGUCAGGCUGCAACGCUUUGACCGUGCAUGUGAAUUCGACACAAGGGUAUGCACCGCCAGAAUACUUGAAAGAUGGUUUGAUCUCGACAAAGACCGAUGUCUUCUCGUUUGGGGUGGUGCUGGCGGAGCUGGUGUCAGGAAAGGAGGCGGCGAUGGGUGAGGGAGGGAACUCGAUGUUAUGGAAGAUGGCGGGCAUGAUGAUGGAAGGGAAGGAAGAGGAGCGAAGAAAAAGGGUGAGUGAAUGGAUGGAUGACGCGAUUUUGAAGCAAAGUGAUUGGUCUAUAGAGAAUGUUAUGAAUGUGAUUGUUAUUGCUAUUGCUUGUUUGAGGAAAGAACCUUCCAAGAGACCUAGCAUGAUGGAGAUUGUGUAUGCUUUGUGUAAGACUAGUGAAGACAUGUUUUUUGAUGUCUCCGAGGAUGGGCCAUCUCCACGGGCACUAAAUGCAAGAUAGCAGCACUAGUUAUAUGAUAGUUUAUCUUCUAUUUUCACAAUCCUAAUUUGGUUAAAGUGUCUUUGGUUUUUGAAUAGUCUUGUUUUCAUAUGUGGGUAUUGAAAAACUUUGUACCAAGUUAAAUCAAGACAAGCCUACAAAGAUCUCCAAUUCCAACUUAUGUAACAUG